CGCCACGGACAGUCUGACGCGUCGUCCACUCUGUCCCACACACACUGCAGGCCGGGUUCGCGCCUCAUUCGGAACACGCGCGGCGUAUCCGGAGUCCGACUAGAUCGGCGAAAGCGUCCAAAAACUCGCGAACCGCGGCGUCAGUGGCAGCUGCUGCAGUACUGAAACCAGCAGGAUGGAUGUCGACCAGCAGACUACUUCCUCUGAGAACGGCGUGGCUCCACAGCAACGGCUGAUGCCUAAGUUUGGAACUCGAGCGCCAGCCCUGUGGACUGCGGCAGAUAAGUUCCUCGCGAGGGCCAAGGCGACGCAGCCGUCGACUGCACCCGCUGCAGACAACAUCGUCAUCGAACCUCCGCCGGAAUCCCGGUUUCAAGAGGUGCUGGACCACGUGACUCCCAUCUUCCUGCGGGACGAGCCCCUGUCGCACAGCUUCCCGCUGUGCGCCACGGGCAGGAGGGAGCGCGACUUCCGGCAGUACGCCAUGGAGCAGCUGCGCUCCGGACUCUCCGUGAUGGCCACAGACGGACCCGGGGGGCCCGUGGUGGGCUCCUGCCUCAACCGGCCCUUAUCCAAGCAGUACCUCGCGGCCGCCUGCGGUCAGCAGCCCGAGGCCGAUGACCUCCCGGAGGACCCGCUGGUGCCGAAUGUGGUCCGCCUGUUGACCACGGUCCACCGCCAGCUGGACCUGUUCUCCGCCUUCGGAGUGGACGAGAUCUUCGAACUGGGGCUGGCGUCCGUGGAGCCCACACACGUCGGAAGAGGCAUCGCGUCGCGGAUGAUGCGCUGCAGCCUGGAGCUGGCGGCGCAGCGCGGACUGCGGGCGGCCAAGGGCGACUGCACCGGCGUGGCUUCGGCGCGCGCCGCCGUCCGCGCCGGCAUGAGCGUCGUCUUCCGGCUGCCGUACGCCAGCUACGCGCCCGCCGGCCGCGUCGUCUUUCACGCGACCGGCGAGGCCAACCCGGAGCUGACCGUGGUCGCCGCGCGUCUCCAGCCCGCGCCGCCCCACGUGCUGCCGGCCGAGCUGCCGCAGGCGCCUCGGCAGUGAGCUGGCUGGGCACUGCCAGCCCGCAGCGCUGACCCAACGGACGCUUCUUCAUUUACGGUCGCUGGCGCUAAUCCUUUGUUGUCAAGGCUACAGUUCGAUUAAAAUAAUCGAUUAUGCUCGAACCAAUUAUUGAUGUAAUACUUUCCUGGAACAGCCAAAUAGCGCUGGCAGACUAUUUUGCAGUUGAAUAUUCAUUAAGGAACAGUUAUGGGUUUCACUGGCGCCAGUCCAUCACUGGCGCCAGUCCAUCAUUGGCGCCAGUACGUUGGCGCCAGUACAUGAUUGGCAACAGUAUGUCAUUGGCGCCAGUCGUCCACUAACGCUAGCCCAUCUCUACACGAGUCCUCCACUGGCUCGUCCGUCAUGGGCGAUAUUCACUGGCACUAGUUCUUCACUGGCGCCAGCUGCCCGCAGGCGCUAUUCCUACUUUGGUGGCAACCCUCCACUGGCACCAGUCCAUCUCUGGCGUCAGCCCAACACGGGCAUUCCUACUGCUACCAGUGUUCUUGCUCUAAUCUGUGACACAUUUCUCUGCUCUGUCACUGUAUUCAUAUGUGUUCUUCUGGAGCCAAUCAUCUUGGGACCAAAUAAUCUUUAUAUCUUAAUCACUUAUCGCAAAGAAGCGCUGAUAACAGAGUUCCCAAUGGUGCCACUUAUUUAUGGCCUAGUGUCACCAUUUAUUAGCAGUGGGUCAGUUAUUAGCAUCUUUUCUGCACCUGCUAGACAGUAGGUUCAACUUUUUAACUGAAAUAAUCAGCAAGCAGUUGCAGAAAAUAAACUUUAUUCCUUAACUGGUUUCAGGCACUUAGUGUCCUUCUUCAGAACGUUGUAACUAUCGCAUUAUUUGCAACUGAUGCUAUAGUUACAACCUUUUGCAGAAGGGCGCCAAGUGCCCGAAGCCGGUCAAGGGAAUAAAAUUUCUUUUGUGCAACUUAUUGCUGAAUAUUUCAAUUAAUACAACUACCGAUGCAGAAAAUGGACAAAACACUGACAUUCAGUUAUGCAUGAAUCUGGCGCCAUUGUGACAGUGUUAAAGUGACAUUAAAUUUACAUGUUCGACGCUUUCUAUUUUGGCCUACAAAUUUCUGAACCAAUAUAAUAUUGCCAAGGUACUAGUGCUGACUGAGCUAUUGUCACUACUUUUUUCUGGACCAAUAAGAAUGCAUCACAAUAUUCAGCUGCCACACACGUCUAAUUGUAGUACCAGCGUCUGUCACCUGCUUAUCUGUAUAUUUCUUUCGACAAUGAUCGCUUUUUCAUUAACGAUUGUUAUUUCAUGGACCAUGUUUACUAGCUCCAAUCAGACUGUGCUUGAAACAACAGUUUGUUGGCGGUAACCAAGUGAGUGAAACUUUUUGGGUCGGUUAGAAAUUGCUACCACAGUAUUCAGCAACCACAUAUAUAAUUCUGGUUCCAGUCACUCGGUGGCGAUGAAUUCAUAUGUCAAUAUUUCGCAAAUGCCAGUAGCUCAGUAAAUACGUAGUACUGAACUCAUUAAACUGACGCCAAUAAUCCUGCAAUUUUGCUCACUCCAAUUUCAAUGUCACUGCGUAGGUAGCUCCACAAACGCUUCACAGACUUGUGGCAGCAGUCUACUAGAGCCAGGGCCUAAUUUAACUAUCACAAAUAACACUAUCAAAAUUCACGAUUUCCACGUUCAUCAUGAAUCGGUGCUACUCUAUUGAUGGGCAGUUAUUUUUAUGUAUAUCAGUUGGAUGCCAAAUCAAUCUACGUUCGUUGAUACUACACUGUAAAAUCCCUGCAUCAUCACCUCGCUCAAUCUGCAUGCUAUAGAAACGCUGGAACGCUUCUUGAUCAUGAUAAACAUUGUUGAGUUAUGAAGAACUACCGAAUUUAUUAUCUUGUGGAUAUAUGUCAAAGUAUAUAUGUUACUGUGAUAUCUGCUGUAAAUUACUCAAUGUGACCAAUUCUGCAUGAAAGCUAUAAGAGAAGAAUUAUUCAGUAUCAAUUACAUGUAUGAAGUAAAAUACACAAUAAAGUUUAAGUAUACGUUUA